GUAAACCAAACCGGAUGAAUAAUAAUAAUUAUCAGUUCUUUAUCAGUAUUCUGUUUGGUCGCCUUUUAUAUGUAACUUCAGAUGUUUUAAAUAUAAUCUACAAUAACAUUUAUAAAAUUAUUGCAAAUAAACUAUUGAGAAUACAUAUUAUUAUACCAGAAAAAAAUAUUAUAAAGAAGAGUUAGUUUUCAACAGUGCAAACAAUAUGUGGAAUAUCAAUAUUAGGAUACUUUUUUUAUUUGUUGGAUUUGUAACAAUUGCACUGGCAUCAAGACAAGAUAUAUUGAAUAGCAUACGAAAACACAUCCACGAAUGCCAAAAAGAAAUAAACGUAUCUGAUGAUUUUGUGGCCGAAAUAGGAUCUAAAACUGAAUCUGAUCCAAAGAAAGCUGGCGAAUUUGCCUGGUGCGUCAACAUUAAGACAGGUAUUCAAACUUUGACAGGAGAAUUUGCAGACGAUAAAAUUAAAGAAACUUUUAAAAAUCUUGAGAUAGAUGAAAGUACUGUAAAGAUAAUUCUGUCGAAGUGUAAACUGAAAACAAGCAGCGGAGGAGGAGAAGCAGCUUUGUUUUACUUCCAGUGCUUAAAUGAUGUUGUAGAUUAGUCGAUUAGAUAAACUAUUUAAAAAUAAAUAUUUUUAUAAGUAAAUAAAGUAUAUAAAUAACCAAA